AUGAAAAUUAACAACUCUGGACAUAAUAGACUGGAAGUUCAACACGAAGUCCUUCGAAACGCAUUCGGGGGCCGUAUUGUUUUCGCUCCAAUUGAACUACACGCAGGAGACAAAGUACUCGACAAUGGAGCUGGCUCAGCGACCUGGCUCCUUGACUGCUAUAACGCCAAUAAGGAAGCUACCUUCUGUGGAAUCGAUUUGAAGACGAACAUUUUUCCGGAACUCGACGAUGUACAAAAGAAACAUAUAAAUUUGGGGGCAGGGAACAUUUUACAGCUACCGAACGAUUGGACCAACAAUUUUCAACUAGUGAACCAGCGACUCCUUAUCGCAGCGUUAUCCAAAGAGAAUUGGAACACGGUCGUGGAGGAGAUUUUCCGUGCCCUUGCUCCAGGAGGCUGGGUGCAGCUCGUUGAAGCCAGUCAUUGCGUAGCUGGAGAGGCAACGCAAAGACACUUCUCGAUGCUUCAAGAUCUCUUUGUUAAAAGAGGUCUAUUACUCAACUGCGUCGAGCAUAUUCCGAAUGUCCUCAAACACACUGGGUUUGACAACAUCACAACACAGCGUCUUGAAAUUAGCCUUGGGGGCGGGGAUGACGAAGACGGGAUGAAAGCUAAAGCUCGGGAGAGUUUUGUUGGCGUCUACAAGGGAAUGCAAACUCCAGUAGUGAAGAUGGGGAUUCGAACAGAGGGAGAAUUUAAGGAGUUGGUGGAAGAUCUAGAAAGGGAGUGGGAGAGCAACACUCGGUCAAGGGUUAUCUUCUAUGCCUUUACAGCUCAGAAACCGACCGUGUCGGCUUGA